AAUGUUUCGCACUACUACGUAAAAUGUAAUAAAACUGUUAUCAGUUUGUCUAGUCUGCAUAUUCCAAAUAAGUCUCGUUAUAUUACACACCAGUUGUGUGAUACUUUGCACUGGUAUUGAUUUUCGUUGCGCCAUCCGGCAUUUGACAGUUCCCAAGUCCUCAUUCCCACCGGUACACCGGUAGCUAUAGUGGAAAUUCUGUCUCCACCUCUCGACUAUGAAUUGGUGGGGCGAUGUGAAAUAAACGAAAACCAAGGAACAUAAUAAAGCCGGUCACUUUCACCUCCAAAUGACUAUGCCAUGUCCAUCGGGUUAAGACUGACCAACCGCACUUUUCUCCUAGCCUGCAUCUUCUCCAGUCUAGUCGUCUGCCUGUUCAUCCUGACAAAUUCCCGCAUUCAACCAAGUUACAAAUCUCACAUUCUCUCGCUCCGCAUAACCACCGUAAACGAGGAAGCUAACCAAUCCAAACUACCUGGAUACUUCGUACAGUAUGAACAUCCAGUUCCUUCAAAUAUCAGUUACUGCAAUUUCCACUACGGCCUGCCACUGGAAUUGAAAUACAGCACAGAAGAUGAAGAGUACGGUCCGGAAAUGGGACCUAACAGUCCCUACAGAAUCUUGUACAAUAUAAUCACUCCAAAGAUUGAUUCCAAUGUACCAGGGAUAACGUAUGCUACUCAUAUGACUUCUACUUUUAUGAGAUAUGUUCCAGAAUUGCUCAGGUAUUGGGACGGAAUGUUAAGCAUAGCAGCGUUUGUCCCAGAAAUCGACGCUGCCUUCGUGAUAAGUCAGCUCAACCAGUUUUGUUAUUGUCUUCCCGGGAUGUCUAGGGUGUCUUUUCACUUCGUUUAUCACAAGGAUAUUCCACCUUCAAAGAAAUAUGUAUAUUUUACGAAACCUACCAGCUGCAAAGUUGACGACUCGUCCAAGUUUGACACGUAUAGCAAAAAUGCAGUAAAAAGAAGCACCUAUCCAAUCAACGUAUGCCGAAACGCGGCUCGCUCGGCAGCCAUCACGAAUGACGUUUUGGUUUCUGACAUACAACUUAUGCCGAGCGAAGGGCUCGCGAGAAAGUUCCUCGCUAUGAAAGAGACAUACAAGCUAACCGAUAUUGUAGACAGGGUGUACGUGUUACCGAUCUUCGAAGUGGAGAGUACUGUAGAGAUACCGCGGACAAAGAAAGAGUUGAUACAAUUAGCUAAGGAUGAAAAGGCGGUGUAUUUUCAUCGUUACAUAUGUACACACUGUCAAAAAUUCCCGAACAUUGCAGCUUGGAUGGUUACAGAUCCUGGAGAUGCCGUCAAACCUUUUAUAACAGUAAAAAGGGAAGUGCCUUAUCACAGAUGGGAACCUAUCUACAUUGGCACUAAAAACGAGCCACCCUACAAUGAGCUUUUGUCCUGGGAAGGCUUGCAAGACAAAAUGUUACAAAUGCUCGAAAUGUGCCUUGUCGGUUACAAAUUCGUGAUCUUGGACGGUGCUUUCCUGGUCCACUGGCCAGGCAUGAAGAAAACCAAGACGAAGGAAGAAAAAUGGCGCGAAAGCUUCGUACAAGCCAAUACCAAACAGUAUCAUAUAAUUUUAAGGAAUUUGACGGCCAAAUAUCCGCCUAGGCCUCAAUGUAAAAUGCAAUAAUUUUAGCGAGUAGAAACGUUGACAAUAUCAACCACGUGAUCAUUCAGUUGGAAUCGGAAGAUUCGCUAUAUCCAAUGUUGAUUUUUAUUAAAGUUAACAAAAACUGUGUUUUUGUUUUAAUGGAACCCGUGCCCUAAAAAAGUUAGGAUGGAUUGAUUCUUCCAUAUGUUGGCUCCUAUACAGGAUGUCCCAAAGUCGACGUCAAGUCGUGUACUUUUCAAAUUAUAGGCUUUAAUAAAAAAUCGGAAAAUCUACACCGUGUGAUAUGUUAGU